AUGUCGACGAGCGCAAAGGAGCACAGCUCGGGCGUCAUCGAUUCUCCGCCAACACCAGCCGCCGAAGCGUCUGGUUCCGACGCCGGCAGAGAUAUCGACGACGCCCUCGAUUUUUUGAGCCCACAUCAAAAGGCCGCCCCCAAUAGCCUGCCCUCGGUCAACAGACUCCGACCCAAGGGCAGCUUCACCUCGUACCACAAGCCCCUUCGUUCCGAGACACCGACAUCCUCCACGUCGACGCCCGGCAUUUCACAGCGAGAACAGGCCGUCCGGUCGACGACGCCCUCGGAUACCGGCUCAGACACGGGAGUCAUCGGUAUUGGCAUGGCCUUGGGGAGCCCGACACAUCCUCCCGAUUACGCAAUAACACCCUGGCAGCCCUUCUUGCCCACCAUGACGACUACGGUCGAGUCUCUGAGUUCCUUCAAGGACGACCCGUCCAAGUCCAAGUCUCGCAAAUGGGGUAUUUUUACAAGAACACGGUCCAAGAGGAGCAAGAUCCCGGACGCCAGACUCAGAGAUGAUCCAACAAGCAGCCGGUCGGCGAGCCCCGUCCAGCAACCUCCCAAGCAGCUGGACAACGUCGCCCAAGACGGAAGAGACGCGGCCUUCUCUCCCAGGCGAAAGCCCCUAGCCAAGUCUCGGACGGACCCGACCAUGGGCGAGCGGACCAGUUCCCCGCGGGCGGUUCUGACAAGACGCGGCACCUCGAGUCCACUUGCCAGGGAUGCUGGCGACAAGACCGGCCAAAGGCACAAAGACACAAGGGAUUUUCGCUCGCCGUCCCCUGGAUCGCCAUAUUCCGACCAGCUCCUGGACAUUAGCAUUCCAGACGUCACCAUGGAACGCUACAGCAUCAUGUUUGGGCACCUUAUCGAAAAUCGCUCUACCACGUCGCUGCUGGCACGGCGGCGGGACAGGUUAAAGUCAAUCCAAGAAGACGAGGGGCUCGCGCAGCAGUCGGCAUCGUCGGGACCGUCCCCCGGAACCCCAGCCUUGGAAAGCAACGUGUCGCCGAAGCAGCUGGCGUCCCCCGAAAGCGCCCCUGGGCCACGGCUGUCCCCACGCCAGAGGUCCAGCACGUUUCCAGCCGCGCUGUCUGCGCCCCCGCAAACCAGCUUGAAGACGAAAGGAGAGUCUCAGGAACAGUUUGGCACGCCCCUGCACGUUGCCGCAUCUACGCGCCUCGGUGGUGGGAAAGAGAAGGCUGCGGCGACUACUUCAUUACCAGCUGAGCGUCCCCGGCUCAUCUCAAAAUUCCACCAGCGCUCGUCGUCGGACCAGGGACUUGCACCUACACCAUCUCCACUCGCUGUCGACACCCGUCUGCAAGUAAGCACCAGGUCCCCAAGCGUCGCUGCCGACACCCGCCUGCAAGUAAGCACCAGGUCCCCAAGCGUCGAGUCCAAGAUUUCCCCCCGGACGUGGAAUACGGCGCACCCGCCCCUUUCCCCACCGCAAGCCGCCCCUUCGCCGCCACCCGCAGUCCGUCCCCUCCCUGCCUCGUCCGCGCGCUCCGGCACUCCCUCGGACCAGGAGCCGGACAUGGCGCCGGCCCAGGACCCCGUCGAGGUGUCCAUUGCCCGGCAGAUCAGCGUCUCCCGUCAGCAGCAGGCUCUGCUGGGGCCGCUGCAGAAGCAGUUGCCCCAGAGCAAGUGCGUCAACGAGACCAAGAGCUCGAGGCCCCGCUUCAUCGACCCGUGGCAGGACCCCAAGGCGUCGCCGGCGCUGCAUCGGAUGAGCGAGCGCGUCGUUGUCGAGGGGCGAUGA